AUGUCGUGGCAACCCGAGGAACAGACGUUGAGGCAGCUGGCGCAGUGCCUCAAGGACUCGCUUGGAAGCAAUGAGAAUGCACGGAAGAACGCCGAAAUCAUGCUCAAGACAGCCAGGGCUUCGCCUGAUUUCGACAAAUACCUAGCAUACCUCUUCUCGAGUAGCCACCCUCCUUCAGGUGUCGAUAUGGACGGCAGCAUAUAUUUCCAGGCGCGCGCUGCAGCAGCCAUCAUGCUGAAGAACGACGUGAAGGGGUCCUUGAAGACCAUGGACGAAGCCACAAAAAGUUAUAUCAAGAACAUCAUCAUGGUUGGCCUGCAAGACUCGAACAAACAGAUGCGUCUGUACGCCGGCAACGUCAUCACCGAGGUCGUGCGCCAGGGAGGCAUUAUGGGCUGGCCUCAGAUCCUCUCAGAUCUCGUCAACAUCGUCAGCAACACGAGCGGCAACGUCUCCGUCCAGGCGCAAGAAGGUGGCAUGAGCGCGUUGUUAAAGAUAUGCGAAGACCACAGGAAAGCUCUGGAUAAAGAAUACCAGGGCCAGCGACCGUUGAGCUUCGUAUUCCCGAAGCUCUUGGAGCUUACUACGAGCCCAAUUCCUCGAGUACGCGCUGAUGCGAUAGCCGCGAUCAACAUCUUCAUCCCCGACAAACUGCAAGUCGUGUUGUCCAACAUUGACACGCUAAUGCAACAGCUGUUCUCCAUUGCAAGUGAUUCAAGCGAGGAUGUUAGAAAACAAGUCUGUCGAGCGUUUGUGCAUGUCGCAGACAUUGCGCCAGAAAAAAUGGUGCCGCACAUGGAAGGCCUGGUUGACUACAUGGUAUCACAACAGCGCAGUAAGGACGACGAGGAGCUGGCUUUAGAUGCCGCUGAGUUCUGGCUUUGCGUUGCGGAAGACGAAAGGAUGCGCGAUCAUUUGGGCCCCUACCUGGCGAAGAUCGUACCCGUGCUUCUGGAGAGUAUGGUCUACAGUGAAGAUGAUGUCUUGCGACUCGAGGGUGAAGAGGAGGACUACGACGUCGACGAUCGAGAGCAGGACAUUCGCCCGAACUUUGCUUCAAGUAAAUCAGGCCGGAUGACAACCAACGCCAACGGUGAGACCGUUCUCACCAACGGCGCAACUGCUGCCUUCACGGAUGAUGAUCUCAGUGACGGCGAGAUAGAAGACUUUGACGAUGACGAUUCAUUUGGCGACCCAGAAGACGCAUGGAACCUACGGAAGUGCUCGGCCGCGGCACUGGACGUACUGGCAGGAGUCUUCCAUGAGGCUGUCUUCGAGGCGACGCUUCCCUAUCUCACAAGCAACCUCAACCACGCCGAAUGGCCCAACAGGGAGUCAGCUGUCCUUGCUCUCGGUGCCAUCGCCGACGGCUGCAUGCAUGUCGUGCAGCCCCACCUUCCCAUGCUCACUCCUUAUCUCAUCACGCUUUUGCAAGACCCGAAGCCUGUCGUUCGAAAGAUCACAUGCUGGACCCUCGGACGGUACUCUGGAUGGGCAGCACGCUUGGAUCAGGCUGGAAAGCAACAGUACUUCGAGCCCAUCAUGGAUGGUAUUCUGAAGAAGAUGCUCGACAGUAACAAGGGCGUGCAAGAAGCUGCAGCAUCAGCUUUCGCACACCUCGAGGAGAAGGCGAACACCCAGCUCGCUGACUACUGUCCAGUCAUUGUUCGUCAGUUCAUCCAAUGCUUUGCGAUGUACAAGGACAAGAACAUGUACAUCCUGUAUGAUUGUGUACAAACACUUGCAGAGCACGUUGGACCGGCGCUGGCGCAGGACGACCUUGUCGUCGUGCUCAUGCCGGCACUCUUGCAGCGCUGGAGCAAGGUCUCCGAUCACUCCAGGGAGGUAAUACCUUUGCUCGAAUGCCUGUCUUACGUUGCGACUGCGCUUGAUCGCAAAUUUUCUCAGUACGCAAGCGGCAUUUUCGCUCGAUGCGUCAGCAUCAUUCAUCGAAAUCUCCAGGAAAGCCAAAUGGCGACAGAAAACCCGAAUCUCGAAGUGCCUGACAAGGACUUCCUCAUUACCGCGGUCGAUCUCCUGAGCGCCAUGAUCCAGGCUUUGCCUGCACAGGAUAGUGCUCAAUUGGUCGCUGGAACCCCCAAUUUCUUCCAGCUACUGGCCAUUUGCAUGAGCGACUCCAACAACGAUGUACGACAAUCAGCAUACGCUUUGCUUGGUGAUUGUGCCAUUUGUGUUUUCGAGCAACUGCAACCUUGCCUACCUGCUAUCCUGGAGAUUCUUAUUGUUCAGCUCGAGGCCUCCCCGGCUCAUAUUGGCCACGACGAGUCUGGAUACUCGGUCAUCAACAACGCUUGCUGGUCAGUAGGGGAGAUUGCUAUGCAGCAAAAGGAAGGGAUGCAACCGUAUGCGGACAGAUUGCUUCAAAAGAUCGGCACAAUACUUUUCGACCGCAAGGUGCCGGAGUCGCUGAACGAGAAUGCUGCUAUCGCCCUUGGCCGGCUCGGUAUAGGUUCUGCCCAGUACCUCUCUGUACAUCUUGCUCAAAUCGCGCCCGCCUUCCUCCGCGCAAUUAGCAAGGUGACAUGGAACGACGAGAAGGGCCAUGCCCUCACUGGCUUCAUGCAGAUUGUUCUGGCAAACCCUGGCGCCAUGGAACAGUCCCUUCUCGAGUUCUUCAGUUUGAUGGCGUCUGCCGACCGAAACUUCGUCACCGGACCAUCUGGUCAGCAAUGUCGCGAGACGUUCAAGCAGAUCAUCCAGCAGUACAAGAGCAUGAUUCCGGACUUUGACAGCUUCCUCGGUGGCCUGCCCGGCGAUCAACAAGCCACUUUCCGCGAGCUGUACGCUGUUUAG